UUCCACAGAGAUGUAGUUGGUUAUAUGUGAUGAACAAUGUCCUUAUGUCCAUCUCAGGAAAGUCAUCACAGUUGACUUCUCAUAGCCUGCCUGCACUGUUUGAGUAUCGCAGAAAUAUGCAACGUAGACAGGGACAUCUCGCAAUUAAUGCACACCGCUUGAGCACAAAGAUAAAUGCAAGGAAGUAUGCUAUGUCAGUAAAAAUCCCAGACACCAAGGGCUGUAGAAGAUGCAGUGUGGUACGAAACCCCUACAAUGACAGCGUUUUCCUAUGUGCCGCUGUGCCCACUGGAUUGGUUCUUCUCAUGUGGUAUGAACCUUUGCAGAAGUUCAUGCAGCUUAAGCACAUUGCUCUGAGUCUGCCAGAGUCCCUGCCUAUCUUUGAACUACUUGUGCAGGAAACUAAGGAGCUGCCACAGGUCUGUGUAGGGGUGAGAAGUUAUCCCCACCAAAAAGAAAUCUCUGGACAGAUGCACUUUGACAUCAUCCAUCUGGAUGACACACCACAGAGCCUGCCAGAUGGUGAGAAUUUGGAGGUCAAGCAAGUGAUUCAGCUUGACAGGGACACAGUUCUUGUCGCACUGGAAAACACUGUGAAGGUUGUUAAUUUGCAGGCAUGCAUGAGCCAUCAGAAGACCCCUGAACUAGAUUUUGAGUUUUCCAUUCACAAACUGGUGUGCCUUCAGGACAGUGUUCUUGUCUUCUGGAAGCAUGGUCUAAAAGGAAAGAGUUUACAAACUAAUGAGGUUACACAGGAGAUCACAGAUAAAAGUAGAGUUUUUCAAGUUUUGGGAACAUCUAGGGAUAUUAUUUUGCAAAGUACUCCUACAGAUGAUCCGUCUGCCAUGAGCAACCUAUACAUACUCACAGGGCAUGAAAGCAGCUACUGAGGGGUCUGAGAUGCUGAGAAAGUUCAGAGAUGGAAACACUACAAUAGUCCGUCCUUCUCCACUGAAAGGGUAGUGUCAUCCGUUCCAAAAAUUUCAGGAACAGAGCAAGACGUAGAGUUAUGUACACACAGUUCUACAGAUUUUUUGAGGAGUCAUGUUCCACAGAGCCUUUGAGGACUAAAGACUGGAUUUGGAGCAGAUUUGACGGCUCUGGAAUUAACCAUGAGAGAAUAUGAGCUGUGUACCUACACUAUAGUUUGAAAUAACUUAUGAAACAAGCUGUUAUAGGUGACUGACUGUACUACUGAGAUUUUUUUUUUAAACGCCAAUCAGUCUGUUAGUUUUAGUACAUUUUAUAUUAUAAUAUUGACUUGUUUGGUGCUGUGUUUCAGUCAGUAAACAAGUUGGCAGAAUUUUAUGAAUCAUGAUCAUUUCUGUAAAAUUCAAAAGUUGACGAAAAAUUAAACAAAUAUGAACGACAA